AUGGAACUGCCAGCCGAUGACAACCGGCUUACCGAGCAACACGACAUCAUCACUUCGAGCCUAGGAUACCACAUCCACCCCACCAUUGUGAAAGCCCUCAACGAAGAAGCUGGUACCCCACCCCACGAAAUACGGAUCGCAGACGUAUCCCAAGGAGGGCAAUUCGAAAACACGGCAAUCCUCCCUGCCACUCUUCUCACAGCGCAACGCACCAGAAUACACUUCGCCCGCCUCCUCGCCACGAGCACCAUUCCCGAUGACUUACGCGGCCAAUUCGACGUCGUCGCCGUACGACUUCUACACACUAAUCUCGUACCGGAUCGCUUCCAAGAAGCCCUAGAUUCCCUCAUCGCGCUGCUCAAACCCGGCGGAUGGCUACAAUGGAUCGACUGGGAUCCCAUGACGGCUCGCAUCGCAACCGUCAAACCCGGCGCAGACGACAUUGUGCUGCGAGAAAUUUUGUCGCGAUUUACUGAAGCGUUGCGCACGAGGAAAUCCGGGUCGACGUAUAAAAUUUCUACGGCGAUGCAGUUGCAGUUGGAAUGUGAGGACUCGGAUAUGUAUGUGGUGACUCCCGAAGUGCGGUUUACGAAGAAUGUGGUCGCGACGGCGUUGUUGUUUUUGGAGAGGAGUGAUGCGUGUACGGCCGAGGAGGCGAGUGUGUUGCGGGGGAAAGUGAAGACGGAGAUUGAGAAUUCGGGAUCUUUGUUGUUUUAUGACUUGUGGUGUCAUAUUGCGAGGAAGCCGAUGGGGUCUUCUUGAUUACAGUCUUCUUUACCACGGAAAGGAAUUUGAGAGUUGCGAUUUUAGCGAGUGUGUUCUAAAUCUCUUGCAUAUCGCGAUUUGACUUCGAUCUGGC